AUGAAUGACAAAUGUAAAAACACUGCGAUUCCUUCAGAAAAACCUUCAAAUGAUGACUCCAAUAAACAACAUCAUUAUACUGACAUCCGCUCAAAUGAUGAAACAAUGGAUAAUUCCGUUAAAGAAAUUGACUAUACUGAAGAAUUUAAUACCAUUAGAGAACAUGAAACUGCUAGAAACCCUUUUGCUGCUUCAGCAAUGAGUUUAUUAAAGGCUCCUGAAGUGGCUUUGACAACUGCAUUCUCUUAA